GAGUGACCAGAUUAACUUCAAAGCAGUUGACUGGAAUCUGCUGCGGACCACCACCAGCUGUGUCGUUUUCACCGCCAAGUUGUCGGGUCACUCGUAUCGAAAAUGUGUCCUAUAGUCACAACGGCCGAAGCCAUGCUCGGCGAAGUCCAAGCCGAGACCUUGCAGCAAUUACUCGUGACUGUCCAGACGGAGACAUGUUCACCGUGCAAAACUCAACUCACAGGCCUGGACGCUGUACUGACUUCCCAAGGCGCCAACAUGAAGCCUCAAGAAGUGCCCGUCAGACGUGGUGAUGUGCUCGAGAUUCAAGGGUCUACUGCAACCGGCAAGACUAGCCUACUCUAUCAUCUGCUCAUCACUUGUAUCCUACCCUCAGAGUACCAGUCCGCCAACAUCGGAGGCUGGAACAAGGCCGCCAUCUGCUUUGACACAGAUGGAACAUUUGACAUCGAGAGAUUUCAUCGCCUUCUGAUGCUCCGUCUAUCCAGGUUAAUAAAAAAUGGCGGGGAACCCCCUGAGACGACGCUAGAGGCGCUUUUUCCCGCAAUAGAUGAGCUUGCGUCCCUUUGUCUAGAAAGGUUGCAUGUUUUCCGACCAGCGUCUUCCUUUCAAAUGGCGGCAACUCUACUCGAUCUGCCGCGAUAUCAUUGUGCACGCCCAUCUCUCCAAGCCUUAGAAAUAGGGCUGGUUACUGUAGACUCACUAAGCGCGUUCUACUGGGCAGACCGCUUUACCGUGGAACAUUCGUGUAGCGCUGGCGAGCGCUCCGGUGGUACGGGGAGAGUAAACCCUCUCCGGCAUGUCCUUUCAGCAUUACAGGAGCUCCGCGCCUCGCGCGGUCCUGUGAUAGUACUGACCAAUUGGGGUCUCAAUCCGUUGAAGAAGUCCGUGGUCAGCGGAGAGGAAGAGGAGACGUCUCCCUUCUUCAAGCAACACCUCCAGUCCUUUCCCUCUCCCUUCCAUAACUCUUCCAGUGACCCCGCCGACACUCCUCUCCGUGGUGCAAGCAAUGCGUCUCCGCAUUCAGUCCACAGAGCGUCAUCGCCCUUGCCUGGACAUCCUGAUACACUUAUGCGUGACCUGGUGGAUGUAACCUCUGGAUCACUACCCCUUACCCACCACAUCACGUUGCGGAUGGCUCCUAUGGAUCCCCUCCCGUCGUCUGCUACAGGCAAAGUUAACGCAGGGGACGCUUCUCGAAGUUCGCCUGUGCAAAAAUGUCAAUAUGAGGGUAUUGUCAGGACGCCAGUAAAUGCAAGCGUAGGGAGAUUCAAUUUCGUCAUCACUGAACAAGAUGUCCGCGACGACCUUAUGCUAGUAUGAGCUCAUUUAUGUGCGUUAUUCUAUCCUGUUUUUUUGCCAAUGUGUUCGUAAAUGAUACCUUUUGUACGCCCUAUCAUUGAGAAUUGAAUUG